AUGGGUUGGCACUGGCAACACCUGAGGCUCCCGCUGGCACCAGGCAGACUCACUGGAGCAGUGAGGCAGGAAAUUACCUCCAGCCUCCACCACAAACUUCAUUGUGGUCUCCGCAUUAAAGAGCCACAGGUGGUAAAGAAGAGCACGUCUUCCAGUACACAGACGUGUCCACACAUUCAGCGGGUGUUCACUGAGCCUGGCAAUGUCACCAUAGCUUGCAUGAUGCAAACCUUUAAAGCAGAGAGCACGGAGGUGGCGCUCAUGUACGACGCUGUGCAGCUCUUCGCUAAGGCGCUGGACGACCUGGAUCGCUCCCGUCACAUCGACGUCACACCGCUGGAGUGUGACGGAGACGUCACAUGGGUGCAUGGCAACUCCCUCAUCAACUACAUGAAGUGGGUGCAGGUCAACGGACUCACAGGGCUUAUCAAGUUUGAUACGGAAGGAUUCCGACGUGACGUGACGCUCGACAUUGUGGAACUGACGAAGGAUGGUCUGACCCGCGUUGGCAGGUGGGACCCUGGGAGUGGAGCCAACUACACGAGGUCGUACAGUGAGGUGCAGCAAGGCAUCGUGGAGAGUCUCCAGAACAAGACUCUCAUGGUUACCAGCAUCCUCGCUGCACCUUACAACAUGCUGAGGGAAACGUCAGUGCAGAUGACUGGCAACGACCGCUACGAGGGCUUCUGUGUAGACCUCAUCCAAGAGAUCUCUGAAGUGUUGGGCUUCAACUACACCAUCAGGAUCGCUGCCGAUGGCUCUCAUGGCAAGUAUGACGAUAAGAAGAAACGAUGGAACGGCAUGAUUGGAGAACUCUUAGAUCAGAACAUGGUGGAGUACUAUCACCAUCCUUGGAUGAACCUGGGUAUCACUAUACUAUACCGAAAGCCGACAAAGAAGCCUCCCAACCUGUUCAGCUUUCUGUCGCCGCUGUCACUGGACGUCUGGCUCUACAUGGCUACAGCCUACCUUGCUAUCUCUCUACUCCUCUUCGUGUUGGCAAGGUUCUCGCCCUACGAGUGGUCCAACCCACACCCGUGCGACCAGUCCCCAGACAAACUCGACAAUGAAUUUUCUCUCCUCAACUGCCUCUGGUUCUGCAUCGGUUCCCUAAUGCAACAGGGAGGAGAUCUCCUGCCGAAGUUAAGUCCCUAUGAAUGGAUCGAAUCCUAUCCGUGCAGACAAGAGGAAGACAGAACUAGGGAAAAUCAGUAUAAUCUCUUCAAUUCUCUCUGGUUUACAAUGGGCAGCCUACUACAGCAAGGCACAGAGCAGCAGCCCAAGGCCGUGUCCACCCGCAUCGUGGCUGGUAUCUGGUGGUUCUUCACACUCAUCAUGAUCUCCUCCUACACUGCCAACCUGGCCGCAUUCCUCACCGUGGAGCGCAUGGAGUCGCCCAUAGAGUCGGCCGAGGACCUGGCCAAGCAGACCAGGAUCAAGUAUGGCUCCCUCUACGGGGGCUCUACCUGGGAUUUUUUCGCUAAUUCCAAGAUGCCAACUUACCAGAGAAUGUUCAGCUUUAUGGAGUCUCAAAAUCCAUCGGUUUACACCAAAUCUAACGAGGAGGGAGUGAAGAGAGUUCAGAAGGGUGACGGGCAGUACGCCUUCAUGAUGGAGUCCUCCAGUAUAGAGUACAUCACGGAGAGGUACUGUGAUCUUACGCAAGUUGGCGGACCACUCGACUCCAAGAGCUAUGGCAUCGCACUCCCUCCAGGCUCACCCUUCACGAACGCCAUCUCUGGGGCAAUACUGAGCCUGCAAGAGGGAGGCAAACUGCAGGCUCUGAGGACGCGCUGGUGGAAGCACAAAAAGGGAGGGGGGCAGUGUAAAGACGACGAGUCUAAGAGCUCUUCCAAAGCCAACGAACUGGGCCUCAACAACGUCGGUGGCGUCUUCGUGGUGCUCCUCGCCGGUAUGGGUCUCGCUUCCGUCGUCGCUGUCUGCGAGUUUGUCUGGAAGUCAAGAAAGUUGGCUACUGAAGAACACGCUUCCGUUUGGACAGAAAUGAGUAAGGAACUCAAGUUCGCUCUCUCGUGUGACUCGUCUUCCAAGCCGGUGAGGAAGAAGCCACCUGAGCACGAGAACGGACCAUCAUACCUCUCCAUCAACACCUGCGGCUCCACCUUCACAGCUUCCCAGUAUUCCUUCUCAUCCAAGGAUCCAGUCCCAUGACAGCUACCGGAACCAUCUAGCCAGGAGGAGAUCCCCACACCUCCGCUGGUGGCCGCCCGUAGCUGCCAAUCCAUUGACCGCAUCUCCCGCCGGUCCGCCCCGCCAGCCACCCCGGACUCAACACCCGAGGUGAAGGAGGACGGGGGACUGCAGUCUCCAGAUCUACCCUUUCAGUUGAUAUCCACAGUAUGACGCUAGGGUAGUCUAAGUCACCGUCAGUCACCACUUCACUCAGCCAUCACUCACAUUGCUCGCACUCACUUCUAGGCGUGACAAAAGAUACGACCUCUUAUGAAUCUUAAUAUUUUCAAUGUUUGCCAAGUGAUACUAUGAGACGAUUGCCCUUUGUUUAUAUUUCGUCUGCCAGAGUCCACGAAUAUUUUGAUGAUUGACAGUGUGGUGCUUGCACGCUGGUGUAAGCUAGUGUGUACAGAUUUUUUUUUAAUUUGCAAGCACUCACGAACGCGCACGCGCGAACACACACACACGCACACACACACACACACACACACACACACACACACACAGGGCCAGGAGCUGGGAACCAACCUCUCGCAAACAUAAAUCGGUGAGUCCUCACACAGUCGCACCUGAUACAGUCACAUCACUGCUAUAAGUAGAUUUCCUCAGGACACGAUGUUAAAAAAGUUUUUUUUUGUUUAUUCAGAUAUUACUUGUCUGUUUUGAAUGCUUGUGUGUCAUCCAUAAGAGUGGCGGCUGCGGUGGCAUCAGUGGUGGCACUGGCGGCGGCGGUAUCGGCGGCGGCGGCAUCGCAUACCAAAAUAUCAUCAUUCUCAUGUUCAUAAUGUGACAUUAGUUAAAAAUACUUUAGUUUGCAUUUUUUUCAUUCAUUUAGAAACUAUUAAGCCGAUACAUUUACUUGGAAAGUGAAUCAAGGGAUGUGAAGGUGUAAUAGUUUAUAUAACCGACAACUUGAAGAAUGAGGCACUUGUGCAAUAUCUUCGAAUCUUUAUUGAGGAAACGUUUCGUCACAGAGUGGUUUCAUCGGUCCAAUAGAGAAAAACUGUGUAAAAAGAGGAGGAGUUUGAGGUAAUCAGUUCCUCAACCUGGAAUCGAUCAGUGGAAGCAGGAGGAGGCGGAGUCACAGUGGAACCAUUCACUAGGGUAAGUAGGUUUUGUCCAUAGGUUGGACAAGUGAAGAUAGUAUUACAAAGCGCAGCUCACUCACAGGACCUUACAAAUAGUGUGUGAACACCGAGGACAACACUCCACGCACUAAUAUACCCAGUGCGCUAAUGUGCGCCACAGGAAGUCAAUAUCUGCAGCACAAUAAUUAUGUCAAGAUAAACUGCACUUUAGACAGUGUUGGACUGUCAAGUGAGCUAAGUAUGGUAACGGUUUUUAGCUAGUAAAUUGAUCUGUAGAAAAAAUCAUUGGAGAAAGUUGGGAAUCUUCAGAUGCUGAUUAGAUCUUCAUAAAAGUUAAACUGAAUCUUUAUAAAGUUAGAGAUCAGUGUUGUUGGUAGAGAAGAUAAUAUGGGGUAAGUUACUAAACCACGUGAAAAACUGUGACUUUAUUGUAAAAGUAAUUAUUUUAUUAUAUUCAUGUUAAGUGCUAAACCCAUUCAGCACAGGAAUUGGUGGAGAGUUGAUGCGUCAUCUGCUCAUUAUAUUAUAAUUAUGGAGGAGCGCUUAACCCGUAGGAUUAUACAGGGCAUGUGGGGGAGGGGGGUAGAAGGUAUUCAAGCUCAGUUCAGGGAACCGGAGUACAGAUCCAAUUCCCCAGAUCAAGAGCCCCUCACCAGCGUCAAGGAAUCUCCCUUGAGGGGCGUCAUCUGCUGAGCGCAAGACAGACGCGUUUACUAUUUUUAAUCACUUAGUUGUCGCAUGGGCUUAGAACGUGGAGAAUCCUACGUAAGUUACUGCAAUUCAAUGACGAGAUGACAGACCAACAACAAAGAGACAGAUGGACAAACUGCUUUUUCCUGGACUGUCAAAAAGCAUUUGACACAGCAUCCUCACAGGAGAUGGAUAUACAAUUUAGAUAACCACGAUGGAGUAACCAGGAGGAUAAGCAUAUGGAUAAGAAAAUACUAAAAAAACAGACGACAUAAUCAGUGAGAAGAGUGUUAGGAUAGAAAUAACAAUGGAGUGCUACAAUAUACAGUACCUGGACCUCUAACGUUUCUCAUAAACAUUAAUUAUCAUCCCGUUAAAACACUCAUAUAUGUGUGACAUGAAUAAGCUCAUGGAUAGUAACUUAACAGUAAGAUAUUAAAGGAAAACCUGAGCUAACUACAGGGAUUGUACAAUUCGGGAGACAUAAGCAACUUAUACACUCAGUAAGAACAUUAUACUACACCAUUCGCCUGAGACCCAGAUAAACUUAACAGUGGUAUAUGUAAAACUGGUAAAUAUGGAAAAACCUUUAGGAUUUUGAACUGGAAAUCAUCCCGUUCGCUGUACAUAGUAUAUGUAACACGUUUAUUAAAGAACGUGGCGCCACUGUGGCAUCAUCUCAAGAAAAAACCUUGACAGUGUUCAAAAGAUUACUACAUAGCUGGUCUCAGAGCAACAAGGCUGGGAUAUAAAGACAUGAUUCAUUAAAUGCAGAAAAAGAUACACAAGGAAAUUCAUAAACCAAAUUUUCAAUACCUUUUCGUUUAAUUCACCAUCUGAGAAUGCUGAGUGAAAGCCAGCAGAAGCUACCAAGAGUCGUUGUUAGUAAAAUGGAAGAACUCCUUAUCUGAACUUUUUUUCGUAAGCGAUACCUUAAAACACUGUGUAUGUGCAUAAUUUUCUUUUAGAUUGUAUUAAUAUUUUAUGUGCGCAAAUAUUGUAAGGCAUCAUUUACCAAGGUUCAGACCUUGAGUUUACCCUUACUAUCCACAAUGAUCUUGUAAAUAUAAAUGAAAGUGAUGUUAAAUGACCUGAAAGAUGUGGUAAGCUCUUCAAGACAAUCUAACCUUUUUCUUUUUUAAUUUAUCGCUGAUUAUAUUGGCAAUAGAGGAUCUGACUUAUACAUACCCAUACUUAGAUUAAAAUGUUACCGCUUAAUAUAUUUAUAAAAAAAAAUGGUAUUUUUAACACCAGGAUAAGCACUGUCAAAGCUAUUAGUGGAGACUUUCCCUUGCAUGAACACAGCAUCUACAGUUGACUUGAACAGAUUCUGUGUUUAUGUUGCUUAAUAUGAGUAGUAAGGUUUUAUACGAGAUUUUAUGACAACUGGUAUCGAUCUAAAGUGAUAUUUUUGUAGACUUCAUUUUCCUAUAAAAAUCACAUUGUAUGAAUCCUGUAAUCAUUACUUCUAUGCUAACGUUGGUAUUUUACUGUGGCUUAGCAUCGUAAAGUGAAGGUGACACCACAAGUGAAAGUUGGGUAUUUGCUAUACUUUCUCGGUAUUGAUAAGUAUAUUGCGUUGCAGUGUCUGACAGUGUGAAUAUGAUGGUAUACCAGACAAGUUGUGUUAGUAUUGUGUACCAUUAUAUUCCUUGGUCUUCUUGGUGGGUUCCCGUUUUCUGUUCGCACAACAAUACGCAUUGGAUCUAUCCUUUUAUCUAUUCUUUUAAGAACAUACGAAGGAAAAAGUACUGCAACACGCCUAAUGGCCCAUGUAGGCAGGUGCAAGUCACACCCACUCAAGAAGGAAGAAGCACUGCAGCAGGCCUACUGGCCCAAGUUGGACAGGUCUAACUCGGUUAAAUUUGGAUAAAUUAACCUAACCUAAAUAACGUGUGAAGAGAUUACCUGAAGCCUAUACAGUAAAAAAAAAAUACCUACGUUAGCGCGAAGAGCGCAGGUUGGAAUCCAAACUUAGAACAUAAGCCGUAGUCAAGUUUGUGAGUUGUCUCGAGUAACUUGUGGGAGUUAACUAGUAAGAUCAGUCCCAUCCUUCAUGCCAGUAACUGCUAGGAAAAAAUAUAUAACAUUUUCUCGCAACUAGAGAAGCAGACGAGCUGAAAUUAAUGUACAUUAAUUUGAAACAGAAGUUGUUUUCUAUCAUGUAAUUUUUUCUGACUCCGCAAUAAAUGGUAUAUUGAUAUAUUGAGGAAUUUUGUACUGAGAUUUUUAAUGCAUGGAUAUUUUAUACCACUUUAGGGUAAUAUUGUCCAGGUGAUGAGGCGUGUGGAAUGCUCGUCACCUUGCACUGAGUGUCAGCUACACGGGGAAAGUGAAUGAUCACAUGUUACACUGUCAUUACAUGUGACAUGUAUAUACACAUGCAAUAAGAUCACAGUAAACAGGUGAUUUCACAACAUGCAAAACAACCACUGAGAAAAGAAUAGUGAAAUUCCAGUCAUUACAGGUCCUUGAUAAUGUGAGAAAUCACGAAAGUUCUUGAAAUUUCAUAAUUUUUUCACGGUGGUUAUUUUGUAUACACACACAUGUUGAAUGUUUGGGUAUGAAGACAAUGUGCAAAACAAACUACCAUUAGGGUAACGCUUUGCGAAACGUUGACCCAAUAAAAAAAAAGCUUGCUAUGGUGAACACAGUAGCGAGAUUACCCACUGAUAGUGAAAAACACCAAUGCAAUGGAUUUUUUUUUUUUUUUUGUACAGCUUUUCACUAAACAUUUGACUGUAUCGAGUACUUUAAUAAGGCCAGUGUUUUGUGUAACGCUGUACAAAUAAAGGACUCCACUGCAGCUGUGUGUCUCUCGCCAAACUCUUGUUGUCUUCACACCCGUCCCUGUUGGCAUUAUGCUUAUACAUCCAUGUUGAAUGUUGUUUAAUGUUGUAUAUUACCCAGGAGAAGAUUUUUUUACAUAACUUACUGAUAUAUCUUACAAACGUCACGAGCUAUAACUUGCAUGUUAGAUAUUAUCCUUCUAGACAGAGGAAAGUGUAGAUUGUUAACAGAUCAUUAAAAAGUAAUACUAUUAAA